AUGAGAACUGCGCGAUCCGGGCUCGCAGCGACACCCUUUCGGGGAGCAAUCCUGGUCGCCGGUGGACGGAAGAGUGGAAAGACUCUCAACGUGGUGGCGAUGUUCUCACCGCCAGACGCCAGGAGCCCCUUCGGCCAGUGGACAGAGCUGGCCGGCAUGAAGCAGCCUCGCUAUUGUUUCACUCUUAUCACCUCCGCCAAUGCCGUCUUUGCUCUUGGUAAGGCAACACACAAUAAAACGAAUUCUUUCCUUCUCUUCCUCUCUUCCUCUCUCUCAUGCCAUUCGUUUGCCUCAUCCACGUAGCCAAUUUUACAUGGCACAAGAGCAUUAAAUCACCUGACUUGCCGUUGGAGGUUUUUCAUGCGCACUGCGCCAUUACAGCCAGAAGUGGUCGCCUCGCUGUGCAUACUGCCUAACCUCCUUUUUAAUAUCUUUUCUCUCGUGUUUCAUUUUUCCUCUAAUGAAACUUCACUAUGAUUAUGCAAAAUUUGUAGGCAACGUGGACGCACCGAGUAACACGGUAGAGACUCUCACGGCACCUGGAGGUUCAGCUGACUUAGACUUGACAUCUUGGGUCUGGUCAUCCGAGAGCCCGGUGGAGACACUUGAAGACAUUGCCGGCGCUGCAAGCGUCCGCAUGUAA